AGACACAGACUCCCAGCAUCCCUUGCGCGCGGAAUGGCGGGUUGUGGCAUGAAGCGGUAAACCGUCCUGCGCGUUCAGUCGUUUACCCGUUACCGUCAUGUCGUCGUUUGUGACAGAAGUCCUCGCCAGCUCAGGAAAACUGGAGAAAGAUGACCUCGCCUGCAAAAUCUCCAAACUGUCACGGAAAGUGGAAGAAACGAAGGAAGAGGUUACAGAUAUGAUAAAUAAAAAAUAUAUUGAGUUUAUACCCAGCAUGGAGGGAGCAGAGGAGCUUUUGGACCAAGUUGAAUCAGUUUCCAAAGACAUUGAUUUAUUAAAAAGCUGCAUUGAGAAUGAGGUUCAGCAGAACCUCCACGAUGCCGUAACAGAGUACGCUAAGCUUAAACAGCAGCUAGAGAAAAACACUGCAGUUAUAGACCUACUCCAGCAUCUCCAAGAGUUUGACACAGCAAUAGAGGAGUAUCACAGGGCCUUGCAGGAAAAAAACUAUGUGAUUGCAGCCAAGCAACAUGGAAAGGCGCGAGCUUGUGUGGAUGCCCUGAAAUCCUGGAAAGACACAGAGUUGCCUUUAGUUCGGGCCCUCAGCUCAGAGAUCACAAUACAAAGAGAGAAUCUCAUCUAUCACCUUGGGGAAGAGUGGCAGAAACUGGCAGUCUGGAAAUUGCCUUCCACUAAAACCGAGCUCACUAGCGUGAAGUCUUUCCUGAAGACAGCACUUCAUUUGAACAGAGGAGGACCUAAGGGAGAUGAAUCUGUCCCACAUGCUCUUCUCCCCAGCAUUCUCCAAGCCCUCUCCAUCCAAGGAGAGCUUCAUAAAAAGAUUAAACUCUUUGGGCAAGUGCUGUUUAAGUACAUGCUGAAGCCUCUGAUCCUGUACCCCUCGUUGGUGGUGGAAGUGAGCAGUCAGCCGGAGCAGGGUGCUGUCUUGAGCUUGCAGUGUACAGAAACCAAAGCAGAGCACCCUGAUCCCAGCCAGGUUUAUACCAAAGUGCUCACCGUGCUUAAAACGCUACAUGAACACCUUUUUGAUGUGUCUAUAGAUGAAAAGAAAGUGUCUGAGAUUUUAGGAGACCUGAUAUGGGAGGAGAUGUCUGAAUGCAUCAUUCGUGAAUGCCUGGUUCAUUCCAUACCAGCUAACAGUAGUCAGCUAGCUGAGUAUAGUGAGGUUAUCAAACAGACAGAAGAUUUUGAGAACAGUCUGAAAGAAAUGGGCUACCUCGCAGGGGACUCGACGGACCUCUUGAAAUAUGCCAGGAACAUCAACUGCCACUUCGCAAGCAAAAAAUGCCAAGAUGUCAUCGUGGCUGCGCGGAAGCUGAUGACAUCUGAGAUGCACAACACAGUGAAAAUCACUCCAGAGUAUAAACUCUCUAUCCCUAAACUACCGAAUCCCAGUGGAGGAGAGAAGGAAAGGAAGGAGUCUAAUAAGAAAAGUGGCCAUUACGAUCAGCAGAGCCUGGAAAACCAGAAGCAGCUGAGUCCCAACACUCUGUGCCUUCCUGUGUGUCGCAUUAGUGAGUCAGUGCAGCAGCUCCUUGAGCUUGCCAUUCAGACUCUGUCUGAGGCAGUGGGCAGCUCCCCCCAAUGUGCAGUCCAGCUUUUCUACACGGUCCGAAACAUUUUUCACCUGUUCUACGAUGUCGUGCCUACAUAUCACAAGGACAACUUCCUGAAGUUGCCUCACUUGGCUGCAAUUCAACACAAUAACUGCAUGUUCAUCGCUCACCACCUUUUAACCUUGGGUUUCCAGUUUAAACCUCACCUUCCUUUGAAAGACGGAGUGGCUUAUUUUGUAGACUUGGUCCCAGGCUUCAGAAGACUAGGUGCCCGAUGCUUUGUGGCACAAAUGAACGUUCAAAAAGCUGAGAUGUUGGAGAGACUGUCCACUGCACGUAACUUCUCCAACUUGGAUGACGAAGACAAUUACUCUGUAGCCAGCAAAGCUAUCAGACAAGUAAUUCACCAGCUGAGGAGAUUGGGAAAGGUUUGGCAAGACGUCUUGCCUGUGAACAUAUACUGCAAAGCCAUCGGGACUCUCCUCAAUACUGCAAUAUCAGAGCUGAUUAACAAAAUUAUGAUGUUGGAGGACAUCUCUAACGUGGAUGGUGAGCGACUGAGAACACUGUGUCAAACCAUCAUAGAAGAAGGACCGCUGGUCUUUAAUCCAUUGCCGGAUGAAAACAAGAACAAAAAAUAUCAAGAAGAGGUUCCAGUGUAUGUUAAGAAAUGGAUGACCUUAAAAGAGAUCUCCAUGGUGCUAAAUGCUAAUCUACAGGAGAUUGUGGACAGGUGGGCAGAGGGGAAAGGACCUCUUGCAGUGGAGUUCUCCUGUAAUGAGAUGAAGAGCCUCAUUCGAGCCCUGUUCAAGAACACAGAGAGACGAGCAGCAGCCCUCGCUAAAAUCGUCAAAUAAACCAAGACCAAUGCAAAAUAACGCUACUUGGGGCUUUUCCUUACAUAUUGUAUUCUAUAUUUUUCUAUGUUGCUGAAAGAUGCAUUACAAUAAAUGCUUUUCUAAGCACAUGCCUGCUCUCUUAUCAGUAUGCCCUGUUAUCAGUAUAUGAAUUAAUACUUGAAAAAUACCUCAAUAAAAUGCAGCAAUUGCAUAUAGUGAUGUUUUAA